CCGGCUUUUCUGUUCGUAGUGGUGACGUCAUCGGUCUGGCGCCGCCCAAGAGCAGGUGAGAGGAUGCGGGAUGCUGUAGAGAUGUCCUGGGGACUAGUGAUAGAAUAAUGGCGGCCACACCUGAUUAGUCCUGUUCUGUAGACUACAACAUUUUUAGAGAGGCCCAGUUUUUGGGUCUCUUAAAACUACCGGAAAAAAAAUCAACUAUAUGAAGGUCACUGAUGUGCUUAAGACCUGCCUGCAAAAAGAGCGCUGUCUGAUCACUGGCCCCAUAGACGAUACACUUUAAAUGUAUUGUUUGAAGGUCCUGAGGACAAUGCAGAGAAGACACAGUAGCCUGACUGAUAACCCUCCUCCAGAAAGGAGUCGAGGUCAGAACCUUAGUGCCGAUACAAGUAUGGAUGAUGGAGUAUUUAAUGGAUUAAAGCAAGACAAUCCUUCCUCUCAGCAUCUGUUCUCUAGUUUAGCGGGUCUACAGCCUGGCCCUAUCACUGUACAGUCUGGUUUAGUUCUGGGCUCCACGGCAGGGGGUGCUGAUGUUUUCAUCCAAAUGCCACCUCCACUCAGAGAAGAAGCCAGCGGCCGCUCAGAAGCUAGCGCCUUUUCUCACCAUCAUCAUCCUCACCACAGGCAGCAGCCCCAGCCGCCAGCCCACCAUCAGCAGCAUCAUUUUCAGCAUUCACAUUCAAGACAGUCACUGCUGCAUGCAGCCACCACUGAACGUCACAGGGAGGAGAACAAUGAAGAAGCGGGUACUCCAGCACCAGCCUUGUCUGAGCUCAGGGCCAUAGUUUCCUGGUUACAAAAGGGACUUCCAUUCAUUCUUAUUUUACUUGCUAAACUCUGCUUCCAACAUAAACUUGGAAUUGCGGUGUGCAUCGGGAUGGCCACUACUUUUGCCUAUGCUAAUUCCUCUGUCAAACACCAGGUGUCUCUAAAGGAGAAGCGAUCUGUCUUGACUGUAUUUUGGAUUGUGAUGUUUUUAAUUGGAAACACUGUUUACCUACUUUAUAGCUUCCGAUCUCAGCAGCUGUACUAUAGUCUUAUUUUUCUAAAGCCAAACCUAGAAACCAUAGAUUUCUUUGAACUCCUGUGGAUCGUGGGGAUCUCGGACUUUGUGUUGAAAUACAUCACAGUAUCUCUGAAGUGUUUUAUCCUUGCACUUCCUAGAAUUGUGAUAGCUGUGAAAUCUAAGGGCAAGUUUUACCUGCUGAUUGAAGAGCUGAGCCAACUUGUCCGAUCCCUUGUGCCCAUACAGCUGUGGUAUAAAUACAUCAUCGGUGAGGAUCCUUCAAGCACCUAUUUCUUAGGAAGUAUCCUAAUAAUCCUGUAUAGUCUGUGUAAGUCUUUUGACAUUUGCGGCCGUAUUGGUGGAUUAAGGAAAGCCCUAAGAACUCUUUGUCACCCACAGAAGUAUGGUGUCCGUGCCAGCAGCCAGCAGUGCUCUGAAGCCGGAGACAUAUGCGCCAUUUGUCAGGCAGAUUUCAAAGAUCCCAUUAUCCUAAUAUGUCAGCACGUGUUUUGUGAAGAGUGCUUGUGCCUUUGGUUUGACAGAGAGAGAACAUGUCCCCUUUGCCGUUCUGUAGCUGUGGAAACGCUCCGUUUGUGGAAGGAUGGCUCCACAUCUGCUCACUUCCAGGUGUACUGACAAGUCGAGUGGACCAAGCUGCUACAUAUCACUACCAGUGCAGACCAAACAGUAUCGUCAUCCAAGAAUAUGGCUUGAGUGAUCCUAAAUCUAUCCUCCUGUGUCUUUUGGAUUUCUAUACAUCUCUCUAUUUCUAUUCCAGUCUAAGACUUGUUCUGUGCAGAUGAGGCUUAAUCAUUGCUUGUGGAAAUAAAAGUGUUAUAUUAAUAAUUAGUGUUCUAUUUAAUUAAUAAUGAUAAAGGGGUGAAGUCCAUGGAUCUUAUUCAUGAAUCUAUAUACUAUAUAAACAUUCUAGACUAAGCAAUACAGGUGUCAUUGUUUCAUCCUGUCAAGUACACAUCUUCUUCUCCUAGACCAAAUUACUACAAUUACAUUUUUGCCAACUAAAUUCAGUAUGAAUAUCAUCUAUUCAAUACUUGAUUAAAAUACUGUAAAAAUAAAUAAAUAAAGGAAACCAUUGAAUAAAAUGGAGAAGUCAAAUCUCGGGAUCACAAAUAAAAAGGUUUGAGAAGUCCAAAUGGGAAAAAUAGUUAUAAGUUAAACAUAUGAUGGUUAGGGUCACACGGAACAGAUCCAGAGCAAAUUUUAUACUGCGGACCCACUGAUGACAAACCCUACAGUGUGCCUCCAGCUGUUCAUGCUUGUAGCGGCUAUCUGCCUCUACAAGCAGAUACACAGUAUUCUGCGAGAUUCAACACCUCACAAAGAGUUUUAUCAGUGUCCGAUACUGCAGACACCAAGCUGCAUUGCCAGACACAGCCGCAUCCUGUCUAGGCUAUUACUUCCUUGGUUGUGCAGUGGUACCAAACGUUUAUGAACUAUUCCAAGGAAACCCUUUUUCAUACAUUGGUUACUACUGAAAGUCUUAAAUCCCCUGUGACUACUUAUCUGGAUCCCAGCAGCUUUUUUAAACUAUGAGUUCUCUUAAACACCUCACUCCGCUUUCUGCACCUGUUUUUAUGCUGCCCGCAGUUUGGCCAGUAAUAAAACAAGUGACAGGUUCCCUUUAAUGGCCAAUUUUAUAUAAAACAGGAGAUAUGUAAAAGACAGGAUAUGAUUAGUAAGACAAUCAGUAAACUUUUUAAAUGGGCACUGUCACAUUAUUUGUCCCAGACAUGGACAAAGUCCAGGAAGUGAGGGUGGGACUAGCACAACUCUGUGCUCACUCCUGUCCUACCAGACUGCAGCAUGAAAACAGAGAGGAGGGGGCUACAGAGCAGUUUGCAGUGAUUGGAUGAAGAGACCCAGCACAUCACAGCAGACUCGGGGAGGAGGAUGAGUCAUGUGGAGUGAGAACAUGCUCCCUCCAAAGCACACAAUGACAAACCAUGUGAGCAACAGAUAGAAGAUAUUUGUGAGAAUAAUAUAGGUGCUAGACACAUAAAUAUUUUAUUUUCAGGAUUAGGUACUGAAUAACAUAACCUUUUUUUGUGGGAUAUGACAGGU